ACCAAUGGCUGCAGAACUUUGAAACUAGCAUCUCAUUAAGUUUUACUAAGUGAACUCCUACGCGCGCUUACCGAACACAUACACAUGGAGUCGUCGGGCGACACGGGGCCGUUGCACUCCUCGCCGACCCCGACGUCGCCACCACAGCCGUCGGCAACGACGGUGGUGCUGAGCCCGUGCGCGGCGUGCAAGAUCCUCCGCCGCCGGUGCGUGGACCGGUGCGUACUGGCGCCCUACUUCCCACCCACCGACCCGCACAAGUUCGCCACCGCGCACCGCGUCUUCGGCGCUAGCAACAUCAUCAAGCUCCUACAGGAGCUUCCGGAGGAGCAUCGCGCGGACGCGGUGAGCAGCAUGGUGUACGAGGCGGCGGCGCGGGUGCGCGAUCCCGUCUACGGCAGCGCCGGCGCCAUCUGCCAGCUCCAAAGGCAGGUGGAUGGGCUCAAGGCGCAGCUCGCCCGUGCCCAGGCCGAGCUCGCUGCCGUGCGCGCCCAUCACGCGCAGCUCCUCGCGCUACUCUGCACAGUGGAGACGAUGGCGGCCUCCAAUUCUGCCGGAGGGCAGCACGAUGGAACCUACUGCGGCGAGGUCGUCGCCGGGAGCGGCGGACGAUCGCAGAUCGCCACGGCAGCCGCACGUGGCGGUGCCGCGCCGGUGGACGCCCGUUACGUCGUCGACGGCAUCAUGCAGGCUGGCACCGUCGGCACCUGGGCCGACGAGCCGCUCUGGACAUGAGCGCGCGCAAACUGGCGUUGGCAUUGCAGCCGUCACGAGGUGUUAGAUAAUUUAGUCAAUUGCUACUACUUGCGCAUGAUUGUAAUUAUAUAUACUUUGCUUGACACGAUCGAUUGGUACUAAGUUAACCAAAGAGUUAAUUUAACGAAAUUGUUUGUGUUUAAAGAUUGAGGAAUCAAGAUAAUUGUAACUUACUAUACGGAGUAGAAUAAAGUUCAAUGCUUCAUGUUGAAGUUCCAACAAGUUUGACCUAUUUGAUGUUAUGACAAGUCUCAAUCGAGGCACAAAGCUGUACUCUCGUCUCUCGGCUUCUUCAAUAAUGGAUCGAGUAACUGCGAAAA